AUGUGCUCCUCCUCAACAACUCGCGUAUUUCGGUCAAACUUGAUACUAUUUUUUGCCACUAGCGUCAUAAUUUUCACGUCAGCUACCUCUUUAGUUGCCGAGUACUCCUCUGUCACCCUUCCCGUCACAUUGUACGGCUCGACCAUACAUUACGACGGACUCGACACGGUUUACCUCGUCGGAGGGACGCACAACGAAGAGCUGUCUGGUGACGUGAUUGCCUACUCAAUUUCCGCCGAUACCGUCCAGAUUGUCGGGGCGAUGCCCAACAUCGGAUUUUUUGGUAGUGUCCAACAAUUCGAAGAAGAUGGCAACGAGUUCUACUACUUUGGCGGAUACAGUGAUACAACGGGAGAUUUUUCUGUGGUGUACAAAAUCGAAAAGAUGGGGGAAGAGGAGUUGGAAAUUACGGAACUUGCCCAACUUCCGGUUGAUGUCAUGUACUCGACAAGCGUUGCGAUUAAUACGUCGACAGUUUUAAUCGUUGGGGGACAGGGGAUGGAAAACGGGCUACUUUUCUUUAAUUUGGACACGGAAACGGGAACUGUUGUGGAUGCAACGUUGCCAAUGGAACUGCCAUACGUUACCUCGACCCAGGUGGGAGAUGACUUCUAUAUUUUCGGAGAUACCCGACAAUCCUCGGACGGAGGAGAUGCAAUCCUGAUCUUGAACCUGGCCAGUAUGGAAACUUCCCUUCGGGACGUUCUGGGCUUCCCGGAUGUCGGAUAUUUUUGACCGAAAGUAGUACAUGACAAGAUAAAUGGGCAACUUUACGUGAUUGGUGGGUUCUCGGAUAAUGUGGGACAUGGGAUCGUUACCGUUCACCCGGAAACUUUUGAGGCAGAAUUUUUGGAAAUUGAGGGAUUUCCAAUUGCAGGGAAUACUUUCUUUUACGACGCCCCCGCCGCGGUGUAGAUAGGUAAAUUGGGGAGGAUUUACUUCUUUGGAGGGUUCUCACUCGAUAUGAGCACGGGGGAUGUUAAGUAUCAUGAUGAAAUUUGGUGGAUUGAUGUUGGGUCUGAGGGUGGGUCAACUACAACUGAGGUGUCAACUACAACUGAGACGUCAACUACAACUGAGGCGUCAACUACAAAUGAGGCGUCGACUACAAGUGAGGUGUCAACCAUGCUAACUAGUACAACAUCAACGACCACUGACACAACUUCAAAUCGUACAACAACUCGUGUAACUUCCAGUACGUCGGAUAGCUCGAGCACCGUUCUAUCCACGCCCACUACUACUGAUGCCCCUUCUUCCGCUAUGGGAUUAUUAGGACACGUUCAAAUGGUUAUCUUAGCAUUUACCGUCGUCAUUGUAAAACUAUAGAUUUGACUAAAAAGUUUGUAUAGAUAGUUGUCCAAAAAAAUAAAAAAGCUUG